AUGCGUUUUAGCCAAAUAUUAUGCGCGUACUGCCACGAAGAAUACGAUACUCUAGAUAACUUGCGUAAACACAUGAAAGCGGAUCAUAUUAACACCGAUUUAAAGAACGUCUUCUAUAGAGCGAAGGAUAAUUUAGUCAAAAUUGAUAUCAGUAACUUAAAAUGUAAUCUAUGUGACCAAGUCGAACAAGAUGUUGAUGCGCUGAUGAGUCAUUUAUCUAGGGGGCACAAAAAACCUGUCCGAUUCAACGCGCCGUUUGGCGUCGUGCCGUAUAAAUAUAACGACGCCGGCGCAUGGUUGUGUGUGUAUUGUCAAAAAGUUUGCAAAGAAUUUUCGCAUUUCAAUCGUCACAUCCUCUCGCACUUUAUGAAUUUUAGCUGCGACAAAUGCGGUACCACUUUUGUUUCCGAUCACGCUCUGAAAGACCACCGGAGGCAGGUCAAAUGUUUCAGGACUGCGUACAAAGCGCGCAACGGGCGAGUGCUCAAACCGCGCACCAACGCAGAAAUUAUUCUGCAGUGCUCCACAGCCUGCCCAUUCAGGACGUGGAAGAGCAAUUUCAACUGUGUCUUCUGUAGGAUCCAAACUAAUAACCCCAGUAACCUAAGAGUUCACGUGGCAACACAACACGAGAAUUACGACGUCCAAACGGCGUUUUACAAAAAGCUCGGUAAGGAGUUCCUCAAGAUUGACAUCACGGAUCUUCAGUGUAAACUAUGCUUUAUGCCGAUAGAGAAUUUCGACACUUUAACGUUUCACUUGAAAAACGACCACCAACAGCCGAUUAACACUGACGCUCAGAUAGGUGUACUACCGUUCAAACUCAACGACGGAUCCGUGUGGAAGUGCACAAUGUGCCCUAACGAAUUUAAGGACUUCGUCUCUCUCAAGAAACACACGUCGCAGCACUUCCAGAACUACGUCUGCGACACGUGUGGCGAGGGUUUUAUAACGGAAUCCGCUAUGAUAGCGCACACGAAAGUCCCGCACGAGAAUAAAUAUAACUGCAGUCGGUGUAUAGCGACAUUUUCUUCGUUACACGAGAGGAAUGUUCACGUUAAAACUCAACAUACAUCAACGCCAUACAUGUGCGUCUAUUGCAAGGAUAAACCGCGUUUCGCCAACUGGGAACUGCGCAAGAAACAUUUGAUGGAAGUUCACAACUUUAAAACCGGUGCGGAUAAGUACGAGUGCGCUGCGUGCCAGAAGACGUUUAAAACUCGAUCUGGGAAGUAUAAUCAUAUGGCGAGGACGCAUAGGAUGAAGAAGGAUUCCGAAUUGAAUUAUCCGUGCCACAGCUGUCCCAAGGCCUUCACGACACAGUUGUUUCUCGACAAACACGUGGCUAAGAAACACUUUGAUAUGUAG